AUGAAAGUGUUGGCCCCGACAAACGAAAAUGCAGGCCCUCUGGGGGGCUUUUCGGGUACCAGCUCCAUUCCCUCGGCCAUUGAAGAGCACGAAACAGGAGCUGCCAACACUAGAGUCCCGGAAGAGCAUGACACGGGUACUGCCAAUGUGGACCUCUGGCGCAUUCUGGAGAUGAACGGGACCAUCGCUGACGUGACGGUGGCCAGCCUGUUGUGCCAGUGCGUGAUGAAGGUGCACCAGUGCGGCCUCGGCGGUGGCUUCUUCUCCGUCUACUACAACCGCGCCACUCAAAAAGCGACGGCCUUCAAUGCACGCGAGUGGGCACCCUUGGCCGCCUGGUCCAACAUGUUUCUGGCCAACAGAACUCUCUCAUCCUACGGCUUCCUUGCAGCAGCUGUGCCUGGAGAGCUCAUGGGCUACCGCAGUAUGCUGGACAAUAUUGGCUCACGCGUUCCAUGGCCAGAACUGUUCAAGGAUGCCGAAGCACUUGCACGCAAUGGAUUUCUAGUCGACGCCGACUUGGAACGCUUACUCAAGGAGAAUGAAAAGGCCAUCAUCGCUGACGAGGCGCUCUGCGAAGUGUUCUGCAGCCGAUUGAACCCCGAGAACAGGACGACGAUGGUCAUCAACGAGACCCUCCGGAUGCCAGUGCUGGCCGAUACCUUGGCUACCAUUGCUCGGGAAGGCCAUCAAGCCUUCUAUGGUGGCUCUGUGGGCAAGAUGUUUGCUGAUGACAUACAAAGAAACGGUGGUGUGAUCACGCUCCAGGACCUUAAGUCUUACACCGUCAGGGUGGAGGACGCUAUCCGGCGUGUACUCCACGACAACAUCACCGUGUUGGUGCCACCACCUCCUGCCGGUGGCAUCUUGGCAGCGUUCAUGCUCGCGGUGAUGGAUAGCUACCGAAAUCCCGAGGCGCCCACUGUGAAGAGCUUGCCCGACAACGACGAGACCUUCCACCGGCUCAUCGAGGUCACCAAGUUCGCCUUCGCGGGGCGUAUGGAAUUAGGAGACCCGGACCAUGUCGAUAUUGGGGCCGUACUGAAGAACAUCUCCUCUUCCUCGUUCCUGUCUGAGGUACGCUCGAAGAUCAAAGAAUACCCGGUAAGCGACCACCGCUACUACGGGCUGCGCUACCAAGGCAGAGAGAGCCACAGCUCGAGUCAGUUUGUCAUCAUCAUGCCGGACGGCGACGCGCUGGCUGUAAUGAGCACCCUCAACAGAGAUUUUGGGGCGCUGGCCAUCUCACCGUCGACUGGCGUGAUGCUCAACAACGAAAUGGACGACUUCGCGAAUCCUGGCACCGCGAACACGUUCGGCCUCGUGUCCAGCUCCACCAAUUACAUCCGGCCCAAGAAACGACCCACAUCUUCGAUGUCGCCACUCGUGAUAACAGACGCCGACGGCAACGUCAUCAUGGCCACCACGUCCACCGGCGCCUUCUUCAUUUGCACCGGACUGACGCAGGUGCGCCUUAUAAGGAAGGGGGCAACCGCCGCGAACGAAAUGCCUUGGGUGCAGCGCAAGUCAGACAAGUUUUGUGUGUUUUGCUAAUUAGAUAAUUCGUUAUUAUU